UUUUUGAGACUCCCCUGACGCUCACCCGAUUCGUACUUGUAAUUUCUCUCAUCUAUAGCCAAUCAGAUGUCUCCUCCAGUCUAAGCCAAUCACAUGAGCGCGCCCCCACGUGGGUAGGAUUUCUUGCGUUCGUGACGUAGCACUUCAUUUACGCAUUUUGCGCAGUCCGGACUCCGGAGCUGAUAGGUCAGAGGUCAUCUUUAAAAUGGCGUCUGGUGGUCGCGCGCCUCCCGCUCCAAGUGGUGUAACGCCUCGGGUCGAGGUAGCAGCACGGGCUUUAGUUCAAUUAAUAGCCAGGGAGUUGUCUGCGACUCCAACUCCACCAGAAGUGAGCAUAGCAGAGAGUGCACCGGUCAGCGUAGCAGUCAGGGCGGUAGACAGCGUCCAAUCCCACAAUGAUGUCAGGGUGAGGCAGGCGAUGAGAAGGCAAUUCCCAAGUAUGUUCAGUACUGAUCAGCCAAGAGGCAAAAGACGAUUUCCCACCCCGGCUCCUUGCAUCGUCAAACGGACGGACUUUCGCAUAUAUGUCCUUUCGGGACCCAGUCAGUUUACACCUAAGGGCUCGGAAGAGCUACCACUUGCCUAUGCUGGCCUUGGAAAGAGGAUGCUAAAUCUACCGGACAACUUAUUGCACAGUGAGACUAUGGCUUCGGUUGAGGAAGAAUUUCCAAAACUGAAAACAUUAAAAGGAGGCUGGAUGUUUUUCAAGUCAGCAGGUGGUAGUGGACGUCGAAAGCUGUCCAUAAUUCCUACUGACUCCGAGGGGUACUCCACAAGGCUCCUCAAAACAGCGUCUAACAACGGAAAAAACAUUGUGUUUGUAAUUCCACUACAGGAGCAACUUUCUACCGAACCACUACCCUAUGACUCGGCAGAGUUUGCAAAGAUGCCACAGUCAACCUGCAUAACAUGUGGCAGUCAAAUGCCUUUGCAGCUGUUGCCUUUACAUGUGGAGGAAUGUAAUGACAUAUUGACUGAGAGUGAAUCUGGGACUUCUCUUGAUGAAGUGAUUGAGCAGCCAAAUCCACCUAACACAGGGAUGGGAGAAUUGUCAGAGGUUUGCCCUAUAUGUCUUGAAUCUUACCCAAUUGAUGUCCUCUCAUUUCAUGCAAGCACAUGUGGUGAAGGAAUGGACCCUGCUCAUCAUAGCGAUGCAGCCAGUAUGACAAGGACAGAGGGAAUGCCAGGACCUUCAGUUCAACGAUUGCCAGCAACAGUUUCAGCAGCCUGGGCCAAUGAAGUGGACCCCCGGAAGGCAUGUCAGUUGUUCAGAGAGGAACUGCUGGAACGUAACUAUGAAUGUCCACGCCUCUUUCUGUCAAUCGACUUGUUUGACGCAGAAGAAGAAACAGACAGUUCAUUGAUUUCAUUCUUUAAAAUGAACAAUGUUAACUGGGCAGCUCCAUUGAAGUGCAGGCUGAGAGGGGAUGCAGCAGUCGGCCAAGGUGUCAACCGACACGUUUUGUCAAUGGCCAUGCAGAAACUGAAGACCGGCUUCAGCUCAGGAUCUGCAACAGGAUUCAGGUGCUGGCCCACCUGCCACAACUGA